GUCACAGUGGUUCUAAUGUGACCUCACCGGCACAUGAAGUCAGUGGUUAGCAAACGGAGUUGCCAAUGGGGUGAGCCAUUCCCUCGAAAGGCCUUUCUUUAGCUUUCUAGUGGGCACCAUUGUUAGCAUCUGUCUGCUAGAUUCUGUGAAAAGGGGAGAAAUAGAAUAAAAUCGCCAAAUUCUCAGCAUUUCAUCAAAAUGGGAAGUGUGGAAGCUGAUGAAUCUGCCUUAGAAGAAAAUGGCAUGAAUUCCCCCAUCAAAAGAACAAACUCCGAAAACACCCUAGACAGUCCAACGGUCCCGGGGCUUGAAAUCCCAGGCCCAGUGCAGGACAUCAUCUAUCGGAUUGAGCAAGCACAGGCCUCCCGGGUCAGAGAGGAUACUAAAACACAGAUGAUCGACAUAAUGAGCAACGUGCAUCAAAUCAUGACCCGCUACUCUGUUGACUUUGACUUGUCCUUGGGAAGGAGUAGCUUCCUUACAGAACGUAUGAAAAAGCAAAGAACAAUGUUUUUGGAGAGAAUGGCCACUUAUGCUAAGAGUGUUGAAAGCAGAGAAAAGACGCUUGCCUACAUUUUGGCCUGGUUAGAAGAAUGGAAUUCCAUCUUAUCGGAAAUAACUGCAUUUGAUAUUGAUGAGCACUACCACUGGAUAGUACAAAUGGAGAUGUUUCCAGACACACUGAGAGCCGUUGAGAACAACGUCAACAUACUAUGCAGCAUGAGUUCCACGUUCCUGAAAGAAAAGAAGACUCAAAAGAAAGAAUCAGUGUCUAGAGGAGCUCUAUGGAAAUCCUGGAAAGACAGGUUGGUAAAGAGACCUGCAACAGCCUAUGCAUUAAGACCAGAUCAAAUGAUUGCUAAUCAAUUUGCAACAAAUAGCAAGGUUUUAGAAAUUCAAAAUAUGCUGCAGGAACUCACAGGGACUACAAUAUUCAAUAAAUUGGAAAACACAGCUAUCAAAUACAUUUCAUCAACAAUACUCAAUCUUUCUAAAGCCUUGAGUACUGUAGUCGAGCAAGUAAAUAUUGCUAAUAUUGUAGGUGACAGUAUGUUUUAUGAGAAGUAUGAAACAGAAAAAGAACUCUCCCGAAGAAUGAUUUGUGACCUUAGUGAGCAAAAUGAGAAGCUUCAACAAAAAUUACAAGAUACACAAGAAAAGUAUGAAUACCUAAUUAGAUUCAAAAGCAUUACAGAUCAAUAUGCAUCAUUUCCGACAUCCAUGACUAACAUCAAAACUGAAGACACAGAGGACAGUUUGGACAUUAUUUUAGCCAAAGAAUUUGACAAUACACUAUUUAAGUCUCCUUCGAAAAAGAUCAAAGCUUAUGAGACAAAGUGGGACUCUACUCUUUUAUAUAAAGCUGGAAUGAUCCCAGAGUUACCUGAAGAGCCAGACCCUCAAUCUGAAAAAAAAGGAACAAAAGCUUCUGGGCCUUCUAAAAAGCCCACGGGAAGUAAAGUAGGGCAGAGAGGGGAUGUUUAUUCAUAUGACAUGACCGGCCAAUAUCAACCCGUGAAAACAGAACACACAAAAGGCCCACGCACCCAAGACCACUCUGGAUCAAAUACAAGCAAGGAAGACAGUGAAGGGAAACUGACUGAAGCCCAAACUAAUCAAUACUCUGAGCUAGAAGAAAUAGAGAAGGGAACAGAAGGAAUAAAAACAAAGACAUCAUCUGAACCAGGAAUCCAGCAUUUCCCUUUCAGUGAAGCUAAAAGCCAACAUGUCAAAGGUAGAACCUCUUAUAAGGCAGAGCAGGCCAGGAAAUUUAAAACUGAAUCUCCCUUGAGAAACAGGCUUAAUUUAUCAGACCUGAAAGAGUCCCCCAUUGAAUCAGCAAACAAAUUGACUAGGGACCUAGCAGAUCCAUUGAGUAUGGCUCAAGUGAAACAAACAUCAAUGUCACAGAAAGCUGAAGUUAAAGCAAAGACACAGGACAUCCCCUUAACAACGAACAGAAGCAAAGUAGGGAGAAGAGACCAUGAGGAAAGUCCAACCUUCAGCAAACAACCCAAGUCUCCUCAACUUGAGAAAUCACGCCCAAAUAUCCAGGAAGAUUCUUCAGAAACUAAAAGGGCAUUAGCAACUCCAGAGGUCAAAGGUGAAGAGAGUAACACUGAAUCAUUUCAGAAAGCCUUAAUGGAUUUCCUUAAAGAGAAAAUUAACAACAUAGACAAGCCUGCUGAUGAAAACACCAUGCCAAGGAAGGAGAGCUUACUGAAAAGGGCAGAAAUGGAAAACUUUGAAACAAUAAAAGCAAAGAUGGAUGAAUACUUCCAGAAAAUGGCUGAGAUUGUGACUCAAAUGGUGAGGAAAUUCAAAGUUGCAAAAAACGAAGGGGAUGUCGGAGAGAAACCUAGGAUGCGAAAAGAGGCAGUUUCAUUCAUGCCAGUACUGCAUGAUGAGAAGUCAUCAACUACCACCAAGUCUAAAAUCAGCCGUUUCCUCUCAAAUGAAAACUUAGACCCAGUAAUGAAAAACGUAAUAGAAAUGAUCUUGACUGAAAUAGAAAGUGAGGGAGAUGCUCCAAAAGUCUCAACAGUAAGAAAAGAACAUGAGAAAGCAAAGCCCAAACAGGAUGAAUAUGGGCAAGAGGGUCAAGACAAAAUGCAAGACAAAUCUAGUCUCCAGAAGGAAGCUCAUAUGAUGACAGAAGCACAGAAGACAACAGCGAAAGAGCAAGGGAUGCUCUUCCAAAGAGAGAAGGAAGGGAAGCUGAACCUGGAUCUGAAGGCAGAGAAACACCACCAGCAGAAAACAAGAGGGAGGAAGGAGGAGGAGGAGGAGGACAAGCGGAAGCCAAGAGAGGGGGCAGAGCGCCUUGACAGGCAAAGGGAGAUUGCAGCAGGCCAUCAGAAGACCAAGGGAAAGAAACCUGAAGACAAGACCAAAGUCACAGCAGGGGAAUCCCAGUUACCCCAAGGCAGAACCUUCCCUCGAGUCUCAGGUCUCCCGCGUGAGAUAACACACUCCCCGCCAAGCACUCCUUCACUCUCUCCUCGGGCAUCAACACCAGAAGCCCUUCACAUCUACCCACAGCCCCUUGCAGAGCACAAAAUUCACACUCCUCAGCUUUUCCAGGUCACGGGUGUACCUCUGACCCAUAAGCAGGCCCCAGCCACAAAGACUUCUCAGCAGGCCAAGGCCCAGAGGACAACUCUGAUUCCUCAUCAGGCCCAGGCCCUGGCAGUCACUCAAAUCCCUCAGCAGGCCCAGGCCCUGGCGACCACUCUGACCCUUCAGCAGGCCCAGAUGCUGGGGACAACACUAACCCCUCAGCAGGACCAGAUGCAAGGGACAACACUGACCCCUCAGCAGGCCAAAGCCCUGGUGACCUCUCUGACCCCUCAGCAGGCCCAGAUGUUGGAGAAAACACUAACCUACCAGCAGGCCCAGGUCCUGGGGACAACUUUGACUUCUCAAGAAUCCCAGGCCUUGGGGACAACUCUGACCCCUCAACAGGCCCAGAUACUGGGGAUAACUUCAACCACUCAGGAAGCCAAGCCUUUGAGAAUUCUGACCUCCCAGCAGACCCAGGCCUUGGGGACUACUCUGACCCCUCAACAGGCUGAGGCCCUGAAUAUAACAAUGAUUCUUCAGCAGUCACAGGCCUUGGGGACCACCCUGGCCCCUCACUAUACCCUGAGUCAGGGGAUCCACUUUAAUCCUGAAAUGGUCUGGGAUUCACAUAUGGCACUCAAGCAAGAAAACAACCAGGCCUGGCUGCAUCCUCUCACCCUGGAACCAGAUCUAACACUGACAACCCCUACUGCCCCUCAGGACACCCCAGCAGUAAAGGCAGCUGGCACUUCUGAAAAGAUCCAGACAAUGCAAAUCUCAUCCAAUAUGCAACAGGCUUGGGUAUUCGGAGUUCCUAGCACUGAAGAACAUAUUGAGCUCACCCAGGCAACUGGAGCCACCCCCUCUCCUAAUCUUGUUCAGGAGAUGGAGCUACCAUUCACUUCUAUGCAGGCCCAGUCAUUAGGGGUGUCUCCCACUCCUGAGCAGUUACCAAUAUCUGGGACUCCUCCUAUUCCCGGGCAGCCCCUUGAGCUGGAAGCUCUUAGCUCUAGGCAGCUAUUUCUGCCUAAGAGCCCUCAAACUGCCUGGCUACCACCAGUACUGGAGGGCCCUCCUACAACCAGGUGGCCUAUAACAUCUGAAAUGAUGUCCAUCUCUGCAAAGAUACCAAGCGUCUGGCAUCCUCUCACACCUGGGAAGUCUUUUCCUGGAGAGCUCACGGAGUCCAGACCCUUAACCAUCUCUGGAAAGCCCCUGGAACACCAACCUGCCUCCAUAGACCAGUCCCCCUCUCUCCCAGUCCGUAACACCCUUGGGCAGCAAGUGACCCCACUGAUCCUCCCUGAGGAUGCUUCCCCACCACGGAUCCCUCCCACUCCUGGACAUCCCUCCAGACUCUGGACCCCUUCAGCUACUGGAAUGCCCCAACAAGGUGUUCUGUCUUCUGACAAGAAGAAAAGGUGGGCAACUACUUCUACUCUGAAAGCUCAGUCUUUGAUCCAACCCAGUACCCCUGUUGUGAAGACAGAUCAAGCUCUAUUCACCAUUAACAAGAUCCAACUGCCAGAGAUCUCUGACACUCCAGGUGAACCCCAGACACCUCGAGAUCCCUCAUCCAUGGAACUACUUAAGGCAGUUGAGCCCCAUCUCACAAGUGACAGCCCCCCAGGCCCACAGACCCCUCAUGCCAAUGAGGCGAUCCUGCACACACUGCAGAAACCCAGGAAAUCGCUGCCUUCCCUGACUCCUCAGUUACUGAUAACGUCACAGAAGCCACAAUGGGACCAGAUAUCAUGGUCCCCCUCUAUAGAAAAGCCGUGGAUGAUAGCUUCAUGUUCAGAUACCAACAAAGACAACAUGGCGGGGCCCCCUUCUCCCCAGGAACUUGAAGGGAAGACAUAUUUUGUUGAUGUGUCAGCUCAGAGGAAGAACCUGCUACUGUUAAACCAGGCCUUGAGAACUUCUGAACUUCCUUCCCACUUACACAUGAUGGCUAGGAAUCUCAUCAUUGAGACACUACACACAGAUGCAGUUCGGCUGGGAUACCUGUUACACAAGUACGUUGCCUACAGGCUGAUCCAGCGUGUGAGAAACAAUAUAAUCUAUCAAAUAAAAGCCAUCCAAUACACUGGUAAAGGAUAUGAGACCCAGAAACUCUAUGUCAUGCUGAGCAGAAUUGAUGACUAUCAAAAAAAGAUGAUGUGUACCUGGACUGAGAGGCAGAAGUUUCUAGAAGAGAAACGAAAUCAGUGCCUCAGGAAGAUGAUAUCCUUAUUUAGCCAGUUACAAGAGAUAUACAAAUUGAAUCUUAGUCAACCCAUCCCUUUGAUAAUCAAUAAAAAGGAGAUGCCUGCCCCUACUGAGUUUGUUCAACAAACAUUCCAGAAGUUGUCAAUAGAAGAAGACAGACAAUCUGUCAAGAAAAUUAGAUGCCACGUAAACCAGACGAAUGCCAUCUGGAAAACUGAUCUGUCUACAUCCAGCUACCCAAUAGUAGAGAAGACGCCAAUAAAUGUGCCCUGGGACCAGUUGGGUGGGUACCCAGACAUUCCUAGGCUGCUCCAGUUAGAUGUCCAGUCUACCUUCAGAAAAUCUCUUGCAUCCAUUAAAACACGAAUUCAGAAGACUCCUACGUGAUUAUAAAUUUAAAUGAAAGUAUGCUCAAAACAAGUUCCACCUUGUCCAAUAAAAUGCCCAGCUUGCUAUCUUUCAUGGA